ACAUAAUUACGUACAUCCGGAUGUCAAAUUAUUACACAGCUUGUUUCCUCGAUCACUGCUUUCAACAAGUAGCGAGACGCUCACCAGCUCUCUCUCCAGAAUCUAUCUCGUUACCACCUACUUCUGCUUUAGUUCUAUCUGCGCACAUCCAUCUGGUCUUCGAAAUUGCCUUCAUAAAUUGAUAACUGCUCAAUAUCACACUUGCUAGUGUUGUUAUUGUUGUCGUGUGCUGCCUGAAACAUUUGCAAUAUCUAAACAAUGGCUUCUUGGAUUGAUGUAUUCUCCUUUCUAAUCAUAACGUCCCUUUUUGUGGGGACCAUCCUCGGCAUCGUCUUCCUCGCGAAACGCUUCUCAGCGGCCGCUCAGAAUACAAAGGAAUCUCUUCGGAACAAAGGCAUUUCUAUCUCGGAUAAGGGUGUGUCAAUCAAGAUGUCGAAGAGGUUUGACAGGGAAGAUUAUAUGGAUGCGACACAACGCGGUAUGAUCAAGGUUUUAGACGCAUCCAACCUCCACCCCAGCAGCGUGGAUGACCCUCACCAUAUCAAAUCUAAAUCGAGCAGCGACCUGUCAUCGGCAGAUCAUGAUGGUGCCGCUCACAGCGCAAAGAUAUUUGGGAUACGGCGGGCGCACAGCGGGGCGAGUAAAUGAGAACUUGUAAGAGCAGACUUCUGGAUUCAUCC